GUUGAUGACUAGGUUAGGGCGGGUGACCGGAGACGCUGCAAAAGUGAAGUAUUCGGCAAGGAAACCGGGCCCUGUGAGUGCGUUUUGAAGUCAUGGAGCGGUGUGUGCUGCUGCUGGUGUUGCUUGGGGUGUGUUGUGUGGCGUUGGCCAGAGGAAAGCCCAUGGAGAAGAAGGAUCGUGUGCAUCACGACACGCCGCUUAGCAACCUGGAGCAUGACGACGGAGAGAACUUCGACUAUGACCACGAAGCCUUCCUCGGACAGGAGGAAGCCAAGACUUUCGACCAACUUACGCCCGAGGAGAGCAAAGAGAGACUCGGUAUGAUUGUGGACCGUAUGGAUGAGGACCACGAUGGCUUUGUGUCGAUGGAGGAGAUGAAGCGCUGGAUCAAGCACGCCCAGAAGCGCUGGAUCUACCAGGACGUGGACCGCCAGUGGCAGGGUCAUGAUGUUAACGGGGACAGCUACGUCUCCUGGGAGGAGUACCGCAACGCCACCUAUGGAUACAUCAUGGAUGAGCCAGACUCGGAGGAUGGCAUCAGCUACAGGCAGAUGAUGGAGCGAGAUGAGCGGCGUUUCAAGAUGGCCGACUCCAACAAGGAUGGACAUGCGGAUAAGGAGGAGUUCACCGCCUUCCUCCACCCCGAGGAGUACGACUACAUGAAGGACAUCGUCGUCAUCGAGACAAUGGAGGAUAUUGACAAGAAUGGAGACGGCCUCAUCGAUCUGAAUGAGUACAUUGGUGACAUGUACAACACGGACGGUGAUAAGGCCGAUGAGCCAGAGUGGGUCCGCACAGAGCGGGAGCAGUUCACCGAGUUCCGUGACAAAAACAAGGACGGCCACAUGGACCUCACAGAGACGCGCGACUGGAUCUUGCCCGAAGACUACGACCACGCAGAGGCCGAGGCCAAACACCUGGUGUACGAGUCUGACACCAACCAGGAUGGGCGUUUGACCAAGGAUGAGAUUGUGGACAAGUAUGACUUGUUUGUGGGGAGCCAGGCCACAGACUUUGGGGAGGCUUUGGCCAGACAUGAUGAGUUCUAGACACACGUAUAUCUGUCCAGAAAAACACUGUGUGUAGGUUUGUAUGAGUGUGUGUUGUUUACUGAGCACCUGUGAGAUUUUUUAUUUUAUAUAUCAAGUUUGAUAAUUGUGCGUGCGUGCGUGUGUGUGUGUCUGUGUGCCAGUCACUUUUUUUGAUUGUGUGCGCGCGUGUGAAUGUAUGCAAGAGUGUGUGUGUGUGUGUGUGUGUGUGUGUGUGUGUGUGUGUGUGUGUGUGUGUGUGUGUGUGUGUGUGUGUGUGUGUGUGUGUGUGUGUGUGUGUGUGUGUGUGUGUGUGUGUGUGUGUGUGUCUGCGUGCGUCUGCGUGCGUGUGUCUGUAUAUAAGUGUGUUUGCCAGUGAAUGCAUGUGAAGCUGCAGGGAGGACCUCAUGGAUAUUGCUAAGAACUGAUCUCACUACCACACUGACUGCACCCCAGUCUACCUUCCUAUCCCCAGCGGUCACUCGGCCACCACACCGCCCUCUCAUGACAAACUAUGGCGCAGUAUAAGGCCUUCAUCAACAUGAGCAUGACAUGGUGCUGUAUAAGACCUGUUCUAAGCAUCCAUAAGGCCAUGUCUAACCAUGACACUGCUCUGCAUAAGGCCUUAAUAAACACAAGGCCCUGAAGAGCCCUGAAGCUUGAUUUGAUAGGGGGGGUGUUUCUAUGUGGUUAUUUUCUUACUAUUUGAAUUGUGUUCAAAAUCAUGUUAUUUAAGGAUUGAAGGUGUAAGUUGGCUACAAGUAUAGCAGCUGACUGAAGAUGUGACGUGAUGAAAUGUUGCAAGCUGCCUCUGUGUCACCAAAAAUCACUACAGCGCUGGAUUUACCAAACUAGUCUUUUUUACCUUCCAAUAUGCAAUAUAUUAUAUAUUAUAAUAUUACUGUAUCUACAACAUGUAAUGUUAUGUUGAAUAUGGUUAUUAAUGGCAAUGUUGUUAAUUGUAACAUGCGUGUAGUGAUAUGGUUAUUGCAAUAUGUGAAUUUCAAAUGAAUAGCCAUGGUGAAGAACAGCACUAGUGUGGUAGCUGUGACGGGGUCAGGGGUGUUUAGCCGUGUGUGGCCCAGGUGAAUGAUCUUAGGGGUUUGUAUGCACUGUUCACCUUUUCCUUUGGAUUGUUUGUGUGGACUUAUGUUUGU